GUGUGUUGAGAAAAGAGAUUCUCCAAUACUCACGUUUUGCUUGCAGAGUGUCAUAAUGUUGUACGGGUUCUUCCUUGGUUGCCGGUGAAGCGGACGGAGUGAAGCGACCGUAAUGCAAUAUUAGACAGUCGUCUUGCUUUUUAUUUUGAGGUUGCUCUCAACCAUUGCAUGAAGAAGGAUGUUUGAUACAUGAAGAAAGGCAAGACGCAGGAUGAAAUUAAAAGAAAAAGUCUUGAAAAAAGAAUAAAGUGUCCUUAACAGAAUCAUACAUCAGAGAUGCUGUUGGACGGCAGAAGUGUUCGUUCACACCUGUACAAUGGCAUGCCAAAUGGUUGCUCGGUUAAGCCUUAGUUGGUGAAACAUAAAUUACUUACACACAAGUGGCACCUUUCCGCCGUCGGGUUGGCAUUAAUCGUUAAUUGCUCGGAAUGAAGUGCAGUGCAUUUGGCUCUGUCUGUGUUUGGCGCAAAAAGUUGUUGCGCUUGGAAUGUUUGGUAAAGCGAUUUGAAAUUCUUCACGACCCACCCAUGAUGAUGAUGAUGAUGAUGAUGAUGAUGAUGAUGUACGCAACGCAGUGGAAUAAAACGCAUGCAGAUCUGUACUUACGUCGACCCGAGUAUGUGUGUUAGUGUGUUUGUUGAGAGAUGCCAUUGGAAUGUGGAAUGUGUGAGACCGGUUUAAUGGGAUUAGAAAGCAAUUCUCUGAGCAGUUCCGUUUUACUGCAGUGUUUGGCAUACGGGGUUGUAGUGGUUGCGUGACGCAUACAUUGCUGAGGUGCCUUGUGAAUGGGGUCAAGUCCGGUAUGGUGUGAUUUCUUUUUCCCGAGUGCUGUAUGCUGAAGGGAAGUAUAACAUGACCCGUGCGUGGAGGGAACCAAAUGUGUCUGUGAAGUAUAGAGUGUAGAAGUAUGUGUCGUUUUAUUUCAGAAAAGAGAAGUGAAAGAAAUCCUGUUUCUGAUUGUAUUAUUUAUGCAGUCUGGCAACUGAAAUGCGGUCCAGAAAUGAAAAAAAGAUAUGUGAUUUAAAUAAAACGAAGCGAUAAAUAAAUAAACAAGUGUUUCUCGGAAAUCUUUUCCAACUCGGGUGGAGACCAUCGGUGUGUUAAAUAUCGGUUUUCAGCUUAUCGAUAGAUAAUGCAGAAUACUAAGUGUAUGUAUGUGUGACAGUAUGUGUACACCGGACAAUGUUUGUAUGAGCCGCCGUCAUGCAAGAGCGUGGCCAGGGAAGUGUAAAAUUGUACCAACACUCUCUUCCCCAUGCCUCGAUUGUAUGCUUAAUCCAUUUCCUUCUCUUUCGUUUUACAGUGUUUUUCGCUACUUGGGGGUUUAGGGGAGAUUGUGGUUUUGUGUUUCUUGUUGGUGGUAAACCUCGGAGCUUUUGAUGUAUCAGUGUGUGAUGGCGUCUCACCGACAGUGUCUGUUACGGUAAUUGACAAUUUUUGUUGCGGUCGGCAGAAGCAGAGCCUGCGAAUUGCGAUCGCAAAACCACACAAAGGAACAAGCGUGAACAGCAUGCGGUUUUGAUAAAAUAAUAACAAUUGCGUUGUUACAUUUGAUACAUUUUUUGAAAAUGCAUUUUUAAAAAAACGGCCGACACAAACACUGCCAAAUUUGGAUAAAAAGCAAAUAGGAAGUUUUUACUACAGUGAUGGCCGCACUGCGCUCUCAGAAUGGAAUAAAUUUAAUUUUUCUUUUCAUCGUUCAUUUAAACCACGGCAUUACAAAGUCACUGCAGACCUUUUCGGAGGAACAGUUCCUGCUGGAGCUGAGUGAUGAUCGCAGCAGUUCACCGGUAACGCGUCCUCCGAUACGCAACCGGACACCGCCGUACCUUGACAAUCUGCACCUUGGCUUUCACCAGCACCAGCAGCACCACCAUCAGCACUCAGAGACGAGCGAGAACGAAAUUUACGACUCGGACGAGAGUAAUCUACGGCGGACGCCGCUAGACCGUGGGCCACACUUUGAUUUGUCCGCCUCGAAGAACAUUACAGCGCUGGUCGGGAAGACGGCCUAUCUCAACUGCCGGGUGAAGAACAUCGGCAACAAAACGGUGUCCUGGGUGCGGCAUCGUGACAUUCAUCUGUUAACCGUAGGUAGAUUCACUUAUACGUCUGACCAACGUUUCCAGGCUGUACAUAAUCCCCAGACAGACGACUGGUCGCUACAAAUUAGAUACCCCCAGAAGCGGGACACGGGCGUGUACGAGUGCCAGAUCUCCACUACGCCACCGGUCGGGCACUCAAUGUUCCUCGCCGUCGUAGAGCCAAUCACCACGAUCGUUGGUGUGCCGGAUCUGUACAUCAACACGGGCUCAACUGUAAAUUUAACCUGCAUAGUGCGGAACUCGCCCGAGCCUCCUUCAACCAUUUUUUGGACCCACAACAAUCAGGAGAUCAACUACGAUUCACCCCGGGGCGGUGUGUCGGUCAUAACGGAGAAGGGUGAAACGACGACAUCGUACCUGCUAAUACAGCGCGCCCGUACCACCGACAGCGGGAAGUACGUCUGCUCCCCAUCGAAUGCCGAUCCUUCCACGAUCAACGUGCACAUCCUGAAUGGAACUGUUCGACCGCCCUACUCGCUAACCGCGUCAAGGGCAAUGACAAAUACGACAGUGUUCGCCCGAUACUGGAAACAUUUCAGACAGUAUUUGUCAGGGCUACCGUUGUUGGGCUCCCCGCUCAAGCGGUUAGCAUUGCCGCCCAGCCAGUGGAGUUUGCCGCUGAGUUUAAUGGUGCCCAGUAUUGCAUCGACAGCAUUUUUCCUGAAAAUCUACGCGUGGACCAACUACUGUCGGUGAUGACGGUGAAGAAAUUCAUCGUAGAACUCAUCCCUGACCAAUAAGAUAAGACAGAAAAGAAAUGAGCGGAGAAAAGAACGUUAAAAUUCUUGUGCAUCGAAGACGUUGAAAUAAAAUAAUUUCGAAGUAAA